AUGGAGUAUAAGAAAGUAAAAUCAAAUGAGUCAAAUGCUUCAACUUCUAAUGUGUCUCUUCUUCCAUCGCAACCAAUUUCAUAUACAGAUGAUGAGCAAGUACUUGAUACCUUUGAUGAAUAUGUUGAUUAUUUGAGCCAAAAUGCUACUGCUAAUGGAAAAUCUGAAUUGGAUCUAUAUUUGGAGGAAGGAAAUCUUGAUCCAAAGUUUCAUGAAAAGUUAGAUGUGUUAGCUUAUUGGAGGGAUCGUCAUGAUCGUUAUCCAAACCUCUCUCGGAUGGCUUGUGAUGUGCUGAGUAUUCCAAUCACUACAGUUGCUAGUGAAUCUGCUUUUAGUCUUGGGUCUCGAGUGCUAACUAAGUAUCGCUCUACCAUUCUUCCUGAAAAUGUAGAGUUACUCAUUCUAACUCAAAAUUGGUUACAUGGUUUUGAAGAAUUAGAUGGAGAUAAAAUGGAUGUGCAAAGAGAAGAAAUUGUUAUUGACAUUUCCGUGCAAGAUUCUAAUUAAGUUUAUUUUGCAAGACUUUCGUAUGA